GAAUACCAGAGGUGCGAAUUGAAGUGCUUUUGUCUUCAACUCACAACAAGCCACCCUAGCUAUACAACCUUGUGCAGAGAACAAGAAUGUUUCCAUCUCAUUGUCCUGGCUUGUCUUAAGUUGCUAUGGACUCCUAGCAUCCUCCUAUAAAGAGGCCUGCAAUGGACGAAUCAUACUCAGUAAUAAUUCAUAACCUCGCUUCAGAACCUCUACUAAUACUAUGGGUCAAUUCUUCUACCUUAUCAACCUCGACAAACGACAGAACAAGGGAGACUUCGAGCCAUUUUAUGGCUGCUACUCGAUCCUCGAUCUUCUUCUUCACAAAGACCCAAAGCAAAGCUGGGCUGGCGACAGGAUUAUCGUGUUGGGUGAUGAAAUAGAUACCCGGUACGACGUUCCUGAACGCUGGGAAUCAGCUAGACCAUCCCUGCGCACGCUUUGCAUCCAGGCGCUCAAGGACGAUGAUGAUGAUGAUGAUUAUGAUAACGUCGGUGCUAAUGAUGAAGAUAUAGAGGGUGGGAGCGAUACAGAAGUAAAUGAGGACGAGGAGGACGCAGCAGACGGGACGGGUAAAGACUCGGACAAAGAGAACAAGGCAGCUAUGACGGAAAACGCGGGAGGCGACGUGGAUGACAACGGCACAAGGCACGAGCUCAGAAAGCAGAAGCAUACGUCGGGCGAGGUCAGUAAGGAUACAAUUUCUUUGAAAAGCUCCAGCGAAGCAUAUAUUGAGGCAAAGGACGCGGAGAACCAGGAGAAUAAUUUCCAAGUCGAGGACUCGAAGGUCCUGUCUACAUUCACUGUGCCUCCCCUACGUGGCAAAGAAAUAGGAAACAAUCAUGUCUUGAGAAACCUCUCAAACUUCGAAUAUGUUCGUGGCAAUGCAUUAGCUGUCCGCAAGUGCGAUUUGGACGAGCAGCCCGGUGGCAAGUCACCUAUAGAUUUGUUGCUCUCGUAGGAUUACUGAAUUCUAAUGACAGAAGAAGAGAACGACGCGUCCCGCGAUCGGUCGGAUAUUCAGUUGCCCCAUCUUGCAGACGUUGCUAUCAUGCAGAUUACCUGGGCAAGUCCCCGAAAACGCACUGGGUGUCCGGAUGAGUGGCCUAGUCGGUACAUGGUCAAUCGCGGUCCAUGGGCAGGAGACCGUUUGGAUGUAGCGGAAAUAGACUUUGACCGAGAGGGACAUGACUGGACGGAUGUUAGUGAUAAAGUGGCCCGCAGACUGUUUCGAUUGUGGCGCCCGAAUUCAUAUGAUGAAGAUAUGAAUGGAUACGUUCGUGAUAGGUAGGCAUUCUUAAACCUAUCUCAGAAACUUGUUGAUUCAAUGACAUCGAA